AUGAAACAUUUGGAGAAUGACAGUUUCACUGAAUUUAUUCUUCUGGGUCUGCUGCAAUAUAACCCAACUCACUUCUGCAUAUUUGUGCUUAUCACCAUGAUGUUCCUUUUCACACUAACUGGAAACAGCCUCCUAAUUCUGCUGAUCUUGGUAGAUUGUCAUCUCCAUACUUCUAUGUAUUUCUUCCUUUGGCAGCUCUCUCUCAUUGACAUCCUUUUCACACUUACCAGCGUCCCCAAGAUGAUGACAAACUACCUUCUACAUAAGGAAGUCAUCUCCACAUCUGACUGUGGUUUCCAGAUCUUCCUGGGGUUGGCCCUGGGUGGGACUGAGUGUAUCCUCUUGGGACUCAUGUCCUAUGACCGAUAUGUUGCCAUCUGCAAACCUUUACACUAUCCACUUCUCAUGAACUGGCCCCUCUGUAGGCAGAUGGCUGUUAGCUCAUGGACCAGUGGUAUUUUCAAUGCCUUGAUACAUACUGUCUGCACCAUGAGAUUGCCGUUUUGUGGAUCCAAAGAAAUCAAUCAUUUCUACUGUGAACUUCCUGUUGUCUUGCAUCUCUCCUGUGAGGAUACCUUGACCUAUGAAACUGGGAUUUUGAUCAGCACCACCAUUCUGCUUCUGAUUCCAUUUUCAGUCAUCCUUGCCUCCUACACACUCAUCCUGGUCACUGUCAUUCAAAUGUCUUCUGCUGAGGGCCGAAAAAAAGCAUUCUCAACCUGCUCAUCUCACCUGACAGUGGUCAGUUUAUAUUAUGGUGCCAUCAUUUUCAUGUAUAUGCGACCAAUCUCUUCCCAUACUUCAGGCCAAGAUAAAGUUGCAUCUGUCUUCUACACUAUUCUGACACCCAUGCUCAACCCCAUGAUUUAUAGUCUUCGGAAUAAAGAUGUGAUGCGAGCCCUGGAAAAAAUUCUAUGCAAGUGUUUACUAUAUUUUAAAAUGUGA